AUGGCAGUAAUUGAUGCAGAGUGUGAAUGUUUUAUUGAUCAGCAACAGCUGCUUUUGGACUGCAAGUCCCCCCAGACUUGGGGCCACAUGCUUCUCUGGACAGCUGUGCUAUUCCUAGCUCCUGUUGCUGGGACACCUGCAGCUCCCUCAAAGGCUGUGCUGAAACUCGAGCCCCCAUGGAUCAACGUGCUCCAGGAGGACUCAGUGAUUCUGAUGUGCCAGGGGGUGCACAGCUCUGAGAGCAACUCCACUCAGUGGUUCCACAAUGGGAAUCUCAUCCCCACCCAAAAACAGCCCAGCUACAGCUUCAAGGCCAACAACAAUGACAGCGGGGAAUACAGGUGCCAGACCAGCCAGACCAGCCUCAGUGACCCUGUGCAUCUGGCUGUGCUUUCUGAGUGGUUGGCGAUCCAGACCCCUAGGCUGGAGUUCCAGGAGGGAGAAACCAUCAUGCUGAGGUGCCACAGCUGGAAAGACAAGCCUCUGGUCAAAGUUACAUUCUUCCAGAAUGGAAAAUCCAAGAAAUAUUCCCGUUUGGAUACAAGCUUCUCCAUCCCACAAGCAAACCAUAGUCACAGUGGUGAUUACCACUGCACAGGAAGCCUAGGCCACACGCUGCGCUCUUCCAAGCCUGUGACCAUCACUGUCCAAGUGCCCAGCAUGAGCUCUUCGUGGAUGGGAAUCAUUGUGGCCGUGGUCACUGGGAUUGCUAUAGCGGCCAUUGUUGCUGCUGUAGUGGCCUUGAUCUGCUGCAGGAAAAAGCGGAUUUCAGCCAAUCACUAAUCCUGACGAGGCUGACAAAGUUGGGGCUGAGAACACAAUCACCUAUUCACUUCUCAUGCAUCCCAGUUGCUCUGGAAGAAUUAAUUAAUAGAGCCCGAUGACCAGAACCGUAUUUAGUCUCCAUUGUCUUGCCCUGGUAUUUGAGAAGAAAAUCAGAGAGGGGAAGAUCUGGUAUUUCCUGGCCUAAAUUACCCUUAGGGAGGAUAAAGAGAUGCUGCCAUUCCAAAAGAGAGGGACUCUUCCAGAGUCAUCUACCUGAGUCCCGAAGCUCCCUGUCCUGAAAGUCACAGACAAUAUGGUUACAGAUGACCAGCUGCACCUUCUGUGUUUCAGCCCUUCUUGACAUCCAAACCCUUCUGUUCCACAUCCACAUAGCCAAUACGAUUAAUCAAACCACUGCUAUUAACAGAUUGUAGCAACAUGGGAAAUGCUUAUCUUACAGGUGAUGUGAGAACAAUCAUGUAAAUCUAUAUGAUUUCACAAAUGUUAAAACAGACUCACCUCUACCAACAGAUUAAAAAUGAUUGUAUCUGGGUGAUAAAAUUAUUGAUGAUUUUUAUCUUCUUUAUUUUUCUAUAAAGAUUGUAUAUUACUUUUAUAAUAAAACAUUAU